AUGUUUGGUGGUGUAUUAAAUUGCAGAACUUUCAUGACGCCGCGGCUUAGGUUAUUUUCAUCAUUACAUCGUCAUUAUAGCAGUACACUAGAAACCAACUACACAGAAUCACAAAAGGAGAAAAUAUUACAAGUGUUGAAUGAAGAUAGUUCUUUGUUAACCAGAUAUGACAUAACAAAACUUCGAGUCAAGAAAAUAUCAGAUUUUUUGGGAAAAAAUGGAGAAAUUAAAUCAAUAUCUGAUAUUGAGAAUAUGGAAGGAUUUACAGAAAAAACAGCAAAAAAGCUCUUUAAAAGUAUUUUAGAUGGACCCAAAGAGAAAAUAGAAAAUUUAAACAAAAAAAUUAAAGGGCAAAUUUUACAUCCAUCUUUAAGUGAAAAUCUUCGACAGUCUUGUAAAACAGUGUUAGCAGUGUAUAUAACAGUGAAUUCAGUUUGUUGGGUGUUAAUAAAUAGAGAAAAUUAUGUAGUGGAUGAAUGGAGCUAUCACGGCAUUGACUAUCCUGAUGGGAAAAAGAUGCAAAUCACUGAUAUCCUGAAUAUGGCAUGGACUUUAACAAAUAAUAUGCCACUUGCAGAUUUAUAUGUGAUGAAAGCCGAGGCCACCAGCCUCAGAGCAACUGGUAGCGACCCGAAUAACCCUAAAGUGUUAGGUGUUAAUCUUCAAAAAGCACAGUUAGUUGCUAUGAUGGUCGCUCUCAUAAAUGCUAAGAAUAAUGAUAUGGAAGUGAAUAAAAUCAAUGAAACAGAAAGUCAAACUAAUCAGGAGCUGAAGCAAAAAGUGUAUUUCCUGCGGCCAACACUACCUUUUAGGUUAUAUGGAACUUUAGUAGGUAACGAGCGAGUAUCAACAGACCAAACUGUGAUAAAUUUAUUACAAGAAGCCGCUUCUAGGGAAUCUAACUCCCACGUGUUUGUUCCUGAGAAUCUUGUCAAUGAUUACUUAAGUCAGAAAGAACUACAAAAGGACAUGCUUGGGCAGUGUUUGUUGCUCGCGUUGACGUUUAUGGAUAUAUGUAUAUAUAAAAAUAAAGAAAGUAUCAAUAAAUUGUUAAAACGUACUGAA